UUGCGUGAUGUAAUACGGUCCUUCUGAUUUAUCCGCGUGCAGCAGCAGCAUCCUCCUCCUCCUCAUCAUCAUCAUCAUCAGCAGCAGCAGCAUACUAUUACUGAGAGGCAGUUUGCAUACGGAUUAGUCUGUGCGGGUUUGUAGCGGGAGGUGAGGCGGAUUUCAGCACCGGAGCUGACUGAUGCUGGCGCCGCGUGCUCAGGUGAUGCUGCGCUCGAGCUGCUGACAUUCUCCCUCCCCCACCCCUUCCACCUCUACCUCUCUCUCUCUCUUUCUCUCCUCCCUCUGCGUGCAUCCAUCCCCUCCGUCCCUCCUCGCUCCGCUCCUCUCCUCCACACGCACAAAACGCUCUGUCAUGGCGUCUUCCAACCAUGUUACCCCCACCAACUGUAGCUGGUGGCCCAUCUCAGCCAUGGAUGAGGACGGCAAAGUGGCGGACGGAGAGGAGAGCGAGGAGCCCACGGCGGAGUCCAAACCCUUCAACAAAGACAGGCUGGUUUUGUACCACUGGACGCAGUCUUUCGCCUCACAGAAGGUACGUCUAGUGAUCCAUGAGAAGGGUCUGGUGUGUGAUGAGAGGGAUGUAAGUUUGCCGCUGCAGGAGCACAAAGAGCCCUGGUUCAUGAGACUGAACCUGGGGGAGGAGGUUCCUGUAUUCCUCCACGGAGACACCAUCAUCAGCGACUACAACCAGAUUAUAGACUACAUGGAGAAAAACUUUGUGGGAGAGACCGUCGCUCAGCUGAUUCCUGACCCGGACUCGCCUCUCUACGACCGCGUGCAGCAGUACCGCCACCUGCUGGACGGCCUGCCCAUGGACGCUUACACGCACGGCUGCAUCCUCCAUCCAGAGCUCACCACCGACUCUAUGAUCCCAAAGUAUGCCACCGCAGAAAUACGUAGACACUUGGCUAAUGCUGCGACUGAGCUGAUGAAACUGGACCAUGAAGAACCUCAGCUGACAGAACCUCAUUUGUCUAAGCAGAAAAAGCUAAUGGCGAAAAUCUUGGACCAUGACAAUGUGAACUACUUGAAGAAAAUCCUGGGGGAGUUAGCCAUGGUUCUGGACCAAGUGGAGGCUGAGCUUGAGAAAAGAAAACUAGAGUAUCAAGGUCAAAAGUGUGAGUUGUGGCUUUGUGGACCUGAAUUUACGCUAGCGGAUAUCUGCCUUGGAGCCUUGUUGCACAGGCUCAAGUUCUUGGGACUUUCUAGGAAAUACUGGGAGGACGGCAGCCGGCCAAACCUGCAGUCCUUUUUUGUGCGUGUCCAAAAACGCUACGCUUUUCGAAAGGUGUUGGGUGACAUCCACACGACUCUCCUGUCAGCAGUCCUACCCAACGCCUUCCGAAUGGUAAAAAAGAAGCCGCCAUCUUUCUUCGGGGCCUCGUUUCUCAUGGGCUCUCUGGGUGGGAUGGGCUACUUUGCCUACUGGUAUUUAAAAAAGAAAUACAUGUAGUGAAUGCC